AUGGAUAAAAAUAGCCAAAACAGCAAUUCCAUUGUCUUGGCUCGGCUACCGACAUUGAUAGCGAGCCAUUCGAACUGCCGUGGUACUAAAUCCGGAACGUUUUUCUUUUUCACGUGUGCUGUUGCCCCUUUUCUUAAGAUAUUAUCCCCAUAUCCCCACCCUCUUACUCUUCUCUCUCUUCCUCCCUCCAAGUUCAACAACAACAGGGGCUUCACCCACCAGAAACCAUGGCCCGGACAGGCUCGGAACCCCACCAGAGCCAAGAGGGUGGCGGUGUGUGUCUCCCUCCAGGACCAUGUCUUAUCUUUUGCUGCUCUUGGGGAACACCACAAUCCAUCUUCGCUCAUCCUUCUUGCAGAGAGCAUGGGUUAGUCGUUGGCUAGCUACUAUACUUCAGGGUAUUUGGGUCUCUUUGUUAUCUCAGUUCCUGGCCUAUGGUCACUCAUCAAGCGCUCUGUCAAGUCCAAGAUUGUGCAGAAGACGUUUAUAGGUGAAGGAGAAGGGGAAAAGGCACCUAAUCAGGUCGCAGGGGAAAUCCUAUCUUUCUUCACCCGCAACAAUUUUGUGGUGAUUGAUAGAGGAGAGACCAUUACAUUUGAAGGCAUGAUGGUUCCAAACCGAGGUAAAGCAGCACUGCUCACUUUCUGCACCUGCAUCAGCCUGGGAAGCGUGGCCCUAGUUCUUACAAUAACUGUACCAGAUUUUGGCAAUAAUUGGUUCUGGCUUGCGGUCCUAAGCCCAUAGGCGUUUAACUUAUUACAGGAACCAGCAUCAAGAAAGGAGCAGAUAAAGGUUAAAUUGGUGGUUGCAUAUGAUGGGACAUUUUCAGAGAUCACAGUUCAAGGGGAUGACCAACAAGUAGAGCAAUUGAGGAAGGAGCUUCAGUUAAGUGAAAAGGGCAUGGUGUAUGUCAAGGGAAUCUUCGAGAGGUGAUCAAGGUUUCUUUUAUAAAUAACCCACACAAUUGUCUGGGCCGGUGCAUGCAUGCAAACAACCAUGAAAACUUUGACCAGUCAACGUAUGAGAUGUACCUGUGUGUUCAAACUAUUAUCACAGAGGGGUUACGUUUGAAGCUUGAAAUUUUACUUUUUUGUAGAGGCAUAAAUUAGCAUGUACUCAAGUUUCAGUUAUA